CUUUUACACUCCAUCACAUCGAUUGUAUCAUCAACUUGCUAGGCCAAAAUGGCAUCCUUUCGCACUCUAUUGCCAAAGAAUGCUUUGCAGGCAAGUCGUUCACAGAGUAUCACUUCCGGCCCUUCUUCUUUAGCAGUCGCCCACCUUCAUUCUUCUGCAGCUGUAAAUGCAGUUUCACCUUCCGUGCAAAAGCGAGAAAGAGAGAGACAAAAACGAAAAGCUGCUGAACAAAAGCAAUUACUCAGACAACGCAUUUUCGAAUUAACAAAGCCCGAUCCAGUAUUGGGACAUCAAAUGAACGAAAAAGGUGAAGCAGUUUGGAAAAAUAGUGAAUUGCGUAAAAUCAUUCUUACAAAAGAUGACGUUUGGGGUGUACGUGAAGAUCGAAGAGGAAAUUUGAUAGAGAUCACAGAAGAAGCAAAGACGGACGACGCUUCCACUUCUCCUCCCGAAGAAGGAAUACAAAUCGGACCAAAACGUCUAAACUUCGGAUUGGACUCACAAGAGGAUCGUCAAUUGUUGUUUGGAAAUUUACCUGCUACGAUCCUUGAAGAUUAUCAUAGGGCAAUGGAAGAUCAACUAUUACGAGCAAGCCAGGAUGAAUUGUUGAGCUUUUCGCAAAAUAUGCAAGAGAAUGAGGAAAUCGAACAAGGCCAUACUGAUUUGCUAGGAAGACUGUUGGAUCUUCGUAACGCAAACGGAAAGGGUAUCCAAGUAGAAAAUAUCAGAAGGAUCACAAAUCAUUUCGGACAGAGACCUGCAAUGGAAGAUGGAAAAGAAAGAGGCUUGGAUACAGGAUCACCCGAAGUUCAGGCAGCCGUUUUGACAUACCGAAUCAGAAACCUACAUGAACAUCUCGAGACAAAGAGACACGAUAAUUCAAACAGACGAGGAAUGACCGCUUUGGUACAAAAACGAGCAAAGAUUCUCAAAUAUCUCAAACGUGAAUCCAUUUCACGUUAUAAUACCAUCCUACCCCGUCUUGGUAUUGAGCCCAGAGCGGUAGAAGGUGAGGUCACAGUUCCGGGCAAGCCUAAGAUGAAUGCUUCCGUGUAGAGAAGAAGAGGGUGGUAAACACAAACUGUACUUAUAGCUAAACACUCAAAAUGCAUCUGUUA